AUCCAUCCCCGCAUCCCCGGCCGGAGCCUUCUUCCCUUCUCCCCCCCUGAAACCCGAUAUUAUGCGGGGAACGAGGGGGGCUGGGCGGAUCACAGGGGAACAGCGCACCGGUUCAGACGACGCUUCGCAGACUGGCAGUGGUAGCCAGCGAUGGUGGACCCUUCGGAUGCUGAGGAGCAAAGCAAGUGCAAAGGCCCGCAGCUCGACCCCCCUGCUGUGGCCCCCGAGGACCAGCGCCUGCCCGACCAGGCCGACGGCACCACCACAGAGGAGGAUGGAGACGGUUUUGAGACGCCACCUUCCGGCAGCCCCGAGCCGAGCCCCAGUCGGGCCGCGUCGCCGCCACCGGCGGGGCCGGACGUUCCCUCUGAGGAACCGGCCCCCCCCAAGCUGCACCUGGACCUGUACAACUUUGACUCGCCGGCCGCCGAGGGCAGUCGCUACGUGCUGACGAGCCCCCGCUCCUUGGAGGCGUGCGCCCGCUGCGGGGUCAAACCGGUGGAGCUGCUGUCCCGCCCCCUCGCCGACUUCGUCCGGGAGGCCCCCGGGCGCUCCAUGCGGGUCGCCACCGGUCUGUUCGAGGUCUACGAGAAGGACAGGCACGGAAAGCUGAGGCAGUGCCGGGAGGAGAGGGAGAGGAUCGUCCGGGAGGAGAAGAGGCGGAUGCUGCAGGCGGCAGCCAACAGCAGCGCCGCCGCUACCCCGUCCUCACCCGGAGGGGUCGGGGCCUCCCCUCCUCAGUCCGGGAAGGCCUCCAGCUCGGUUCCUGAUGGAGAAACAUCCUCUGCAGCGACUGUUGUAGCUAAAGCCGCCCCCUCCUCCCCCAAAUCUAUCCCAGCAUCCUCAAAAACUGUCCCCACAACCUCGGCCCCACCUUCCAAGGCUGGGGCUCAAGGAUCUGCCAAACAUUCACCGUCCUCACCGUCUGGACACGCCAGAGCCCCCCGGCCGCUCUCGUCCGGCCCCCCGGCGGUGGUCAGGAGGUACUCGGGGGCCAAAUCCUCCAACACCUUUCCCAGGUCCACACCCAAACCUCCGGCCUUCCCAAGAGCCAAGUCCACCUUGACCUCGUCGGUGUCGAAGUCGCCGGUUCAGAGCGCCGCGACGCCUCAGAACGGCUUGACCAGACCUUUCUCUCAGCACAACGGACAUCUUGGACUCCAUGCCAAAGAGCGAGGAAAAAGCCACUCGCUGGAGUCUCUGCAGCGCAGGAUGGAUCCCCUCUGCCCUUCGACCUCCACCACCACCACCACAUGCACCUCCGACGAGUCGGGCGCCUCCUCCUCCUAUAGCUGGGACGGAGCGCGGGACCGCUGGGCCAAGGUGUCCAGCCCCCGGGCUCGCACCCUGGCCACCUUCAACUCUCUGAUGGGCCGCAGCCUCAGCCUGGGCGACCUCAGCCACUCCCCCCAGACCACGCAGAAGGUGGAGCGCAUCGUGAAGGAGGUGAAGCGGCGAGGCCUGAAGGCCGUGUCGGAGCGCGACCGCAAGAUUGCCGCCCUGAUGCUGGCGCGCUACCAGGAGGAGGACAUCAUGAGCCAGACCCGCUACGUGGCCCACCUGCAGUGGGACAGCGAGCGGCGCAUGGAGGAGCUGCGGCGCGAGCAGGAGGACCGGGAGAAGCAGCGCGCCGUGCUGCAGUGCCAGCGGGUUUGGCAGACCAAGGUGACCCGGCGGCAGCGGCGCCUCAGCCAGCAGGAGCGGGACUCGACGGCCGCCAGGAUGAGGCAGGCGGAGGAGAGCGAGGAGCGCUGGAGGGAGAUGGCGGAGCAGCAGGAGCGCAGCCGCCUGCUCCGGCUGCAGCUGGCGGCCCGCGAGGAGAAGCACAAGAAGGCGCUGCAGGAGCAGAACCUGCGGGCGCUGGAGGAGGAGCGCGCUGCCAUGCUGGAGCAGGAGCGGCUGCUGCUGCAGGAGAAGCUCACCAUGGCCGAGCUGAAGCGGCAGGAGCGGGAGCACCAGUCGCAGGAGGAGCGCCGUGGCCUGAACAAGGCCGAGAAGCGCCGCCACGCCGCCCUGAUCCAGGAAAUCGCCCGGCGGGAGCAGGAGGAGCGGGAGGAGGCCAGGAGGGCGGCGGAGGAGAAGCUCAGCCGCUCCCUGGAGAACUACGAGCACAUCGUGGAGCGGCGGGGCCUGGAGCUGAAGGAGAAGGCCAAGCGCGAGGAGAAGCAGAUCCAGAAGGCCCGCAAGGCGGCGGAGCGGCGCGAGCGGCAGCAGCAGCAGCUGAUGGCCACCCGGGUCAAGGAGGCGGAGAAACGCGCCCAGCAGGCGGCGCUGGCGGCGGAGGAGAAGGCCAGGGAGAAGGCCCAGCGGGCCGUGCAGAGCCGGCAGGAGAAGGAGCGGCUGCAGAAGCAGAACCGGCAGCGCGUGGAGGACGAGGAGCGGCAGCGGCGCCACGAGCUGCUGCAGUCCAUCGAGAGGAAGCUGGAGAAGAGCGAGCAGAUCUUCCGGGAGAAGAAAGCGGUGCUGGAAAGCGCCCGCUCCGUGGCCCAGGCCUCCUUCCACGUCCGCGACAAAGUGCGAGAGGAGACCAACAUGCGCACCUUCGACAAGAUGGCCCUGGAGGCGCGGCUCAAGGCCAGCCUGGACGAGAAGUGAACCGCGGGCCGUCGCGGCGGCCCUCGUCACUACAGCAGCUUUACCCACAACCCCCCACUGCUCCGUUUUACCUCCCGUCAUCUCCAUGAGCAGCUUCCUCACGUUUUGGAUUUCCAGAGGCCCCAGCAACACAAACAAACCAUUUUUGUAUCAUGGAUUUAUUCUCCCUCGACCCGGCGCCCGCUGAAGCCUCCGGGGACCCGAUGGGGAGAGAGCGCCCUCCACUCUCUCUCCCUCUCUC